AUGGCCGAAAUAUGUGAACUAGUAGUAUCACAAAAAGGAAAUCCAAAAUUAGUAGUCAAUGGUUACUUAAUAGUAAAGAAAAAAGUAAUUGGAAAUACCUAUUAUUGGUGUUGUGAAAAGAGAAAGUCAGAGUGUUGUAAAGGUCAAGCAAUUACUACUUUUUCAAAUAAUUUACACUAUCUUAAAAAAUUCAUUAAACAUAAAAACCAUGCUCCUGAAGCUAGUAGUAGUGACAUUGCAAAAGUUAUUGCUAAUAAUAUUGCCACUAUUCCACUAAAUCUUUCAUCUUAUAUGCCUACACAUGAAGCUCUUCGUAUGAGAAUUAAAUGGAUUAGAAGCGCUAAAACUCUACCACAACCUCAGACUCUUGAAGAAAUUAAUAUUCCAGCCUUAUUAUGCCUAACUUUAAAUAGAGAAUUAUUCUUAAUAAAAGACUUAGAAAUUAAUCAAAAUAAAAUUCUUCCACAAACUAUUAUUACUGACUUCGAACAAGCAACAAUUCAUGCAUCAUCUGAUACAUUUCCAGGUAUUGUAAAUAAAGGAUGCUUCUUUCAUCUUGGAAAAAAUUUAUGGAAAAAAAUACAAAAUGAAAAGUUAGUAGUCCAAUAUGGAACUAAUUAA